AUGCAGCUGUUUAUUUUGUUAGCGUCUCUUAUCAUUGAGCACGUUUUUGUACCUGAAAAAAUAUAAAAAUACGCUUUAUUUUCAACAGAAGAAAUAAAAUACAAAGAACAUGUCCUUAUUUGUGCUUGAUACUUCAGGUAAUCAAGAUUUGCUAGCCGCAGACAGUCUAGCCAAGCCAAAAUAUGACAACAACCGAAAGCGAAAAUUAUUAAAUGAGUCCUCAGGUUUGGGUCUGGGUAACUUUGCUGAAGAACUUCAAACUGAGGUAGAGGAGGAGGAAAAGAAAGAAUAUGAUUUCUUUGGCCUACCGCCACCCAGUGUGGAUAUAUCGAAUAUUAUUGAAAACACUUUGGCGGCAACACGUAAAAUACCCUCUAAAGUGGAACAAGAAAUGGACUAUGUGGUACAAAAGGCAGAUGAAGCUUUAUUAAAAAAGGGUCAGUCUAAACCUAAAAUGAAGCGCCUAAUAGAUUUGGAUCAUUCAGAUUUUAAUGAAAUGACCGGAAAACGAGAUGAUGUGCAAGCCUUUAAGCCUAGUAUAGAAAAAGUAUUGGCCAAUUCGGAAAUGGUGCCUAAUUUAGAACAACUUAAGGAACUUCCUAGUAUAACAAAAAAGAAGCAAAGAGAAUUGAAUAGGUUGGAACGUUCUAAAACUAAGGGUAAGAACUGGUUUAAUAUGCCUGCCACGGAACUGACCGAGGAAAUGGAAAAUGAUUUGAAAAUCUUACAAAUGCGUUCUGUAUUGGAUCCCAAACAUUUCUACAAGAAAAACGAUUUAAAAGUUUUGCCCAAAUACUUUCAGGUUGGUACCGUACAACAUUCUCCCUUGGAUUACUAUAAUGAGCGUGAUACACGUCGUAAUAAGAAACAUACACUCGUUGAUGAACUGCUGGCCGAUACGGAGGCCCAAAAAUACAUUAAGCGUAAACAUAAGGAAAUAAUGAUAACAAAACAAAAAUAUGCCCAUCGUAAAGCCAUGAAUAAGAUGAAGAAACUAAAGAAAAAUAAAAAAUAA